GGUGAGGUGGUGGCUGUUUGUGGCUCCUUUAUUGUUUUGUGGACUGUCAGAAAAUAACAGUCUUUUACAUCUUAAGCGGACGGAGUUAAGCCUUCCUCGUGUGGUCGUGUUUUUGAGAGCUUCUUUCACAAAGGGAAAUGAGCUUUUUGUUUUUAAGUCGCUCGUCAAAGACGUUCAAGCCCAAGAAGAACAUUCCGGAAGGGUCGCACCAGUACGAGCUGCUGAAACAUGCGGAGGCCACGCUGGGGAGCGGGAACCUGCGCAUGGCCGUCAUGCUGCCCGACGGCGAGGACCUCAACGAGUGGGUGGCCGUCAACACUGUAGACUUCUUCAACCAGAUCAACAUGCUGUACGGGACCAUCACUGACUUCUGCACGGAGGAGAGCUGUCCCCUCAUGUCUGCCGGACCCAAGUAUGAGUACCAUUGGGCUGAUGGAACCAAUAUAAAAAAGCCAAUCAAAUGUUCCGCACCCAAGUAUAUUGAUUACUUAAUGACCUGGGUGCAGGACCAGCUCGAUGAUGAAACACUGUUCCCUUCAAAAAUAGGCGUCCCCUUUCCGAAGAACUUCAUGUCGGUGGCGAAGACCAUCCUGAAGCGUCUUUUCCGGGUGUACGCCCACAUAUACCACCAGCACUUUGACGCAGUCAUCCAGCUUCAGGAAGAGGCCCAUCUGAACACAUCUUUCAAGCACUUUAUCUUUUUUGUUCAGGAAUUUAACCUGAUAGACAGGAAAGAACUAGCUCCACUGCAGGAGCUGAUCGAAAAGCUGACGUCCAAGGACAGAUAAACAAAUGGAGAGAAGGAGAACUCUCACCCAACGCCACUCCACCGAUCUCCUCCAGUCUCCCCACCACCCCGGCUUUGUUCUAUGUGCUACACUACGUGCUAACGUUUUAGGGGAAUGUUUCUGAGAAUCAUGGGGGUAUGCAGGAAGGCACUCUUCGGUGCUUAGCUGGGUGUUGGCAGGUCUUGCUUUAGGCAUGCGACUUUAAACUCGGUUCCACAGUGGCGAGUGAAUGCUUGAUUUUAUUUAUUUUCUUAUCCCACUGGUGCCCUAACCCCUCUCUGAGCUCCUGCCCUUUGACCUUUUCAAGUGCCUAAGAGAAUUCACCAUGUAAUUGUAACAGUCCCCCAGAUUAUAACACAACCAGCCACAGAUUCAGUGUGGAGACAGGAGGGGAGGGGCGGUGAAGUAGUACAGCCUCUUUUUAAAAGGUAUGAUCUUGUUUGCAGCAUUCCGUUUUUUUAAUCCUUGGCAUAAUCAUCAAAAGUUUGAAAACCUGAUUUUACUUUCUUUGCUUUUCUUAAUUAAAGCAAAAAACACAAGGCGGCUUCAGUAAGCUGAUUCCCAAAUUGUUUUAAUAGCAAGUUUCUUUUCUCCAAGCUGUAGAAAUGAUGUGAAUGUAAUGGAGAGUUUGACACUGGAAGGAGUUGAGAUUUUGCUGAAAACGACAGUUCAGUGUAGUUGACAUGGCACUGUCUCAUCGUCCCCUUUUCUGCAGACCAUAGCAGGUGUUUUUAUGUGCAUUGACUAUUGAUUUUAAUUUCUAAUGUGCCAUUGGCCAUAUGUACCUCAUGUCGUUUUUCACUUGAUAAAUAACUCUAAGCACAUGUUCACCAGAUGAACCCUUUUGUUCAAUCUGUUCCUACUGACUCCUAAACAAGUACGUUUGAUGAUUGCAUUGUGCAUAAAAUGCUCAUUUUAUAAUCUGCACCUGCUCUUAAGUGGCAUGUUGCUGUUGGAAGCCAUAGCAGAAUUGCAUCAAAAAGCCACAGGUGUGACCAUAUUAUUAUGGUCGGUUCCCAAUACGACAGAAGUCCCAGGACUUUCGUACCAAUGGGCUGUUUCCACGGGUUUUUCUAACUGCACACACACAAUCGCCAAACCUUAUUUGAUUUCAGUUUUAUCUUUUGCAAAUCUCUUAUUUUUUCAUAUGUAGACACUUGUACACAUAGAGGAAAUACAAAUAUAUAUAUAAACAAGUACAUGCAAAACUAUGCCAAACUUAAUGUACAGUAUAACCUGCAAGUUUUGCAGACCAAUAUACCUAAUUCAAUUUCAUCUAAAUGCAUACACUUCUUUUGCUGAUUUCCUCAAUAUUUUGGUAUAAGUCCAAAUGUUUUGGCUUGGAUCCAGAAUGCAGCUUUCGUCCUGUAAUGUGCAUUUGACCUUCUGUUUAGAAAUGGUUUCUAACUUCCUAUACUUCGAGGAAUGGCUUACACAACUCUUGCUAAUGAAUUGGCACAGGCUUGUACAAAUACAUUUUGUACAGCACACACCCACAGUAUAUCGGGUUUAGGAAAGGUGUGUGUUUGCCAUUUGUGAUAAAACAAAUAGCUGUGAGGCUAUUUUGGUAUUCUGAUGAAAUACGAAUUUUGUCCAACUCUCCCCAUUGAACCCCUGUGUGUUCUACAUCCCCUCCCUCUGCCUGAGCUUCAAAUGAAUUCGCUUUGAAAGAGCAAAUUAAUACUGGCAUGUAUUUGGCAUCAUUUUUCUUUAAAGCCCUUGAGAGUACUUUCUUUUAAAUGAUGUUCUCACUGUAAAAUGAUAAAAUGAAAGGUUUUUUUGUUCAUGUUGCUUUGAGCUAGUACUUUGAAGUGGUGUUGAGCAUAAGCACAAUUAUGGAAUAGUUUCUAUAAUGGAACAACAAGAACACUUUUAUUCUGUAUUAAUGUAACAGAAUUACCAUCUCUUAAUUUUUGUGUCGGUGGUUGCCAGCAAAGCCUUAAAAAGUGACACUUAUUUUCUGUUAUUUAUUUAGCAAUUCUGUUCUACACUGCAUUUGUGUUACCAGAGUGGUGCAGGUGUUCAGUUCUAAUUUAACUUUUAUUUUGAUUGUACUUUUCUUUUUGCUUCUUUGUUCUGGCAGGGUGGAAAAAAAAAAUUACCAGCCAUGCAGAUUUAUUAAAGAUAUCUGCCCCCCAGGUGAAUAUAGGUAGAUAUCACUUACAGGUCAGUUUUUAAUUUGCAGCUCAUCAAACCUAAUCAAAUGGUGGUCAAAAACAGCCUUAUUGUCAGCUUUGUUGCUUUGCCUGUAUUUAGUGAAUUCUUGGGCUCAACCCCUACCUUUUUAUCCUUACAGCACCAGCAACAAAUGUACUUAUUUUUGAGAAGUCUUUGGUGGAAGGUGGUUGGUCAUUGUGUAUUCAUAGCAUUCUUCUGUCUUUUACGUGCGUUCAACUGUAUUUUUUUUAACCUACUGAUUGUAGUGCCCACCGUUGGCACAAUGGCUUUUGAUUGAUGCUGUACUAUAGAAUGAAGGCAUCCACAUGAUGCAGCAUUCACGUGAUUAAAACCCUGAUAGCCAGCAAUCGCAUAAGUAUUCCCAGACCCGGGAUGUGGGAGAGCGGAUGGGAAUUGGCAACUCUGCAAGCAAGUCCACCUACAAUAAUGUUUGGGCACCAUCAUCAUUGUCUUAUAGUGUCUGCACAAUGCAGUCCCAGCUGUGAAAGAAACCGAAUUAAGGGAAAAGGUGGUUUGCAAUGGAUUUUUGAAAUAACGAUAGACCCACCCACAUAGACCAAACACUUGGCUUACUAUGCUAUGUGUAUGCGUUCUUCUCAGUGGUUUUGCAGUACAACGGGAUCAGAAUAUGAUUUAUGCCCCUGACACCAAACCGCUUAUUUGUCUGUUCUCAGUGCAGCCACUGACUUCUGAAAUAUUGCCUGAGUGAAUCUGGUGAUUCAAAUGUUUUAAUGAACAAUAAACUACAUUCAGAAAUCA